GGUUGCAUCAUGAACGAAGGCGGUUAGUCAUCAGUUAGUGUGUGUCGUUGCAGUUUCUACAUGAGGAUGGAGAAUAGAUCCUUUACAAUUUCAUCCGGAGUACCAGCGUUCUUGGCAAAGUUAUGGAAGCUGGUUGAUGAUCCUUCAUCGGAUCAUUUGAUAUCAUGGAGUUCGGAUGAGGCAAGCUUUAUCGUCCAUGAUCAAGUCACGUUCUCUAGGGAAAUUUUGCCAAAAUACUUCAAACAUAACAAUUUUGCAAGUUUUGUGCGGCAAUUGAAUAUGUACGGUUUUCGUAAGAUAGUUGGUACUGAUCAAGGUGGUUUAAAAGCUGAUAAAGAGGAUUGGCAGUUUCAAAAUGUGAACUUCAUCAGAAGUCAACCAAGAUUGCUUGAAAAUGUCAAGAGAAAGUCAGCACCCGACGAUAAAAAGGUAAAAGGAGAAGAAUAUAAUCGUGUCUUAACUGACAUUCAUCACAUCAAGGACAAACAACUGGACAUGUCUUCUAAACUGGACCAAGUCAAAAUGGAAAAUCAAAGUUUGUAUCAAGAAUUAAUUGAUUUGAGGCAAAAGCAUGAAGAACAAGAGCAAGUGGUCAAUAAGCUUAUUCGGUUUCUAAUGAAACUCCUGUACUCUAAUAAUGGCCUGACUAACAAACGACCAUUAAUGAUACAAGGACCAGAAUCUUUGAAUGCCAAACGACCUUGUUCAUCAGGAGUAAAUAUGGAUAAUCCAGGACCAUCACAGCAGCAGAGCUCCUAUAGCAUGAGAUCACCACCAAGACCAACAAGCAUGAAUGUGUCAGCUCCUAGUUUCCCUGAAACAUCAGGUCCAGAAAUAACACCAGUUGAUAAUCCGGAAGAAUACGAACAUAUUUCCAUCUCUGCAGUUCGACCUAUCAUAAAUGAACCACUUUCUGAAGACACAUACAGCUCCCUUCGUCAUCUUCCUUCAAGUCAUUAUCAGGAAAGCUACCAACAAUCUAGACCCCAGUCUUACAAUCCAUCCUCAACCAUGCGGAGUAGCAUCAUUCCCAGCACAACAUCUACGACCACAACAAUGGCUGCCGGACAAAUCAACAAAGAGCAAUUGCAAAGUCAUGUUCAGUAUAUUGAGGAUAAUCUCUGUUCGUUUCAAAGCAUUCUUGCUGGCGGAAACUAUAGUGAUGCAGGCAUGCUAGAUGACUUAUUGGAAUCCAUAGUUGAUGGACGAGAUUCUCCACCCAACCAAGGGGAGAGGGGUAUGUGGAAGUCAUAUUUUGUUUUUUGUUCUUUGUUCAUAAUUUGACCAAUGACAUACAAGUUUGGUCAUAAUUUGACCAAUCACCUACAAGUUUAUCUCUUUUUAGAUAAUGACCCUUACCAAACAUCGCAUUCUCCCUCUCAUGUCACAUCACCAACAUCAACAACUGCAAGAUUAAAUCAUCAACCCAUUUCAAGUAAACAUAUUAAUUGGUCAGUCACAUCAAUGUUGCCUGAACAACAACGGGAUAGAUCCAAUGCAAGAAGAUAUUGAUCAUGUUAUCCUUACAUGUCCUACAUAUUCCUUCCCUAAUAUUUGUGGUACAAAUGUCACAUUUGAUAGUGAUGUAUGCACACGAUAUUGGUGUUUGUGAUGUAGAAAUCAUGUGGUUGUCAAGGUUCCACAAAAGUCUACUGUGAUUUUGGAUUUUAAGAAAUAGGGGGGUGUAGUUCAUUGCUAUAUGGUCCCACAUUAUUUUAAUUCAAUAAUUUAUUGCCAUCCGUGGGAUAAAGCUGAAAUUAAAUCAGGAAUUUUAAAUACAUAAUUGCAAGUACAGGAUACUUGAACUUUUUGAAAGUAAUUGAAUUAAAGAAAUUAUUUGUCAUAAUAAGAAUUUUAGAAUAGAAUAUUGAAUGUAGCCAAGAAUUGUGUAUUAAAAUAUGAAUGUAGACAA